GAAGUGAUUGACGUUUUCAUCAGAGACCCCGGAAGUGGCGUCGUCAGUGUUUGGUUGCUGGCGCUGACUCCGGCGUUGCGAUGGGUUGCGACGGGGGUACAAUCCCCAAGCGGCAUGAACUGGUCAAGGGGCCGAAGAAGGUUGAGAAGGUUGACAAAGAUGCUGAAUUAGUGGCCCAGUGGAACUAUUGUACUCUAAGUCAGGAGAUACUGAAACGACCAGUAGUUGCCUGUGAACUUGGCAGACUUUAUAACAAAGAUGCUGUCAUUGAGUUUCUUUUGGACAAAUCUGCUGAAAAGGCUCUUGGGAAGGCAGCAUCUCACAUUAAAAGCAUUAAGAACGUGACAGAACUAAAGCUUUCUGAUAAUCCUGCCUGGGGAGGAGACAGAGGAAACACGAAAGGCGACAGGCACGAUGACCUCCAGCGAGCACGUUUCAUCUGCCCCGUGGUGGGCCUGGAGAUGAACGGCCGACACAGGUUUUGCUUCCUUCGAUGCUGUGGUUGUGUGUUUUCCGAACGUGCCUUGAAAGAGAUAAAAGCAGAAGUUUGCCACACAUGCGGGGCUGCCUUCCAGGAGGAUGAUGUCAUUGUGCUCAAUGGCACCAAGGAGGAUGUGGAAAUGCUGAAGAAAAGGAUGGAGGAGAGAAGACUGCGAGCGAAGAUGGAGAAGAAAACAAAGAAGCCCAAGGCGGCAGAGUCUGUUUCCAAACCAGAAGUCAGUGAAGAAUGCCCAGGGCCAUCAAGGGUGAAGACAGGCAAGCCUGAGGAACUGGGUCCUGAUACUAGAGAGAAGAAAGCCGUCUCAGCACCCAGAAGUACAGCAACUAAUGGGAAAGCCGGGAAGCCUCCCUGUGGGGCCGUGAAGAGAUCCAUCGCCGACAGCGAAGAAUCCGAAACCUACAAGUCCCUUUUCACAACUCACAGCUCUGCUAAACGCUCCAAGGAGGAGUCGGCACACUGGGUCACCCACACGUCCUACUGCUUCUGAAGCCCAGCUCAGGCUUCUUCCCCAGCCUAGGCUCCUCUGUGUGGUCCUGGGGACUGUGUUGUCUCUAGUGUAUUCGGUUUAGAUGGUGUCAUAAAGUUGUCCUCACCAACCUUCAAGACUGUGGUCACUCUUGCUGUGAGGGUCCUAGGGAGGGCCAGGGGCUUGCAGAGUGUCUGGCAGCCUCUCCCCAGCCCGCAUUCACACCUGCCUCUGCCUGCAGCGGGUGUGGCCCUUUCCACGGCCAGGCCGUUGUGGGUUGUACUUUGUAAGCUUGCAAUAAUGGAAGGCUCUUGUGUGUGGCUACUUAUUUCGACUAAAAUUUUAUUGUUUUGCUGCUGACAGUCAAUUAAGUAAGCAAGUGAAAUCACCUUAGGUGAAUUCAAACACAGUCUGGCAGCAGGAGCCUUUGAAGGAAACCAUUCCUCACUCCAGCCCUGGAAGAAGCCGGGGCCCUGCUGUCUGGCAUUAGGAGAGUCUUCUCUCAUCAUUUUGGACCUAGCAGAGAUUAGUUGAGUUCUGAAAGCUUUGGUGCAGAAUAAAGCACACCUGCCUUUGC